UGUUUUCAUCACGUGAUGAAGAGUAUUAGUAUAGAUUAUUUAAUCGCCGGUCAGGUAUGCGACCUUAGGAUCAUCACAAGCGACUCAUUACAAUAUCAAUUAAGUAGUAUCGUCAGCAUCCUUGAGAUGAGAAAAGAGAAAUCACGUGACGCUGCACGGUCCAGGCGGGGGAAAGAGAAUUAUGAAUUCUACGAAUUGGCCAAAUUACUACCACUCCCAGCAGCCAUAACUAGCCAACUAGACAAAGCAUCUAUCAUAAGACUUUCCAUCAGCUAUCUAAAGCUAAGAGACUUCUCCGGUCAUGGUGAUCCACCUUGGAGCAGAGACGGACCCAGUUCCAAAAGUAUUAAAGGUGCUCCUCUUCGUCCGCGAUCUAUGACAGCAGUUGCCAUGGAGAUAUUUGAACAACAUCAGGGGACACACAUCCUCCAGUCAUUAGACGGAUUUGCAUUCGCUUUAGCAGCUGAUGGCAGGUUUUUGUAUAUUUCCGAAACAGUUUCGAUAUAUCUAGGACUUUCUCAGGUAGAAAUGACAGGGAGCAGUAUUUUCGACUACUGUCACCAACAAGACCAUGCAGAAUUAGCGGAACAAUUAGGUAUCAAUCUAACUCAGACUCAACCUAUGCCCUCUCCGGGAUCAGUUGGAUCUGAUGAUGGAUCAUCUUCCGCACCUGGUGGACCGUCAACCCCAACAGGCCUCGAAAGGCAAGCUCCUGUUAUGACAUUGAACAACACAACACCCUACAAAGGUUUUGAAAGGUCGUUUUGUAUUCGAAUGAAAUCUACUCUGACGAAACGUGGUUGCCAUUUCAAGUCUUCAGGUUAUAGGGUGGUGCUAGUCUUGUGUCACCUUCGACCUCAAUAUACAUUCUCACACAGCAGGAAACAACCACCCAAUGUAAUGGGUAUGGUUGGUUUGGCCAUUGCUCUACCUCCUCCCUCAGUCAAUGAAGUCAGGUUGGAAAAUGAUAUGUUUGUGACAAGGCUGACUUUUGACUUCAGAAUUGCUCAUUGUGAACCCAGAGUUUCAGAAUUAUUUGACUACACAGCUGAAGAACUGACUGGUAAAAAUAUGUAUACUUUAUGUCACGGACAAGAUGUACAGAAAUUAAGGAAAUGUCACAUAGACUUGAUAAAUAAGGGACAAGUUAUGAGCGGUUAUUACCGUUUUAUGAAUAAAAAUGGUGGAUUUACAUGGGUUCAAACAUGUGCCACAGUUAUUAUUAACAGCAAAAAUGCGGAAGAACAAAGUAUAAUUUGUGUCAAUUAUGUAAUUAGUGGAAUUGAAUAUGAAAAUUAUAUAAUGGAUUACAGUCAAUUUAGUCAUCUCAGCAAUUUGAAACCGGAUGAUCCGAGUGAUACAGAACAUGGAUCAUCUCCUGAUAAGAAUGGUCGUGAUGAUACACCAACAAAAGAAAGAGAAACUCCUAAGUCAUCAUCUCCAAAAUCUAAUUCAGCUCCUUCAGGAGAAAGCAAUCACAGUGAUCAUCUCACACAUCUUGAUACAGGAAACAAGCAUCCAGAUCCUUUAAGGCCCGUAGGAGAAACAGGAUGUGGUCAAGAGGAUUCUACUGGAGAUUUUGAUGUUGAUCCUGAACAGCUAGAUCUAACCGUUGAUACACCACAUUAUGUGGAAGAAAAAUCUUCCAGAGAUAUUGGAAUUCAUCAAAGCCAUCAUAGUAGGCAACGUAAAAGAAAACUUCCUGCAGAAUGUAUAACAGUUGAUGAUCAUAAAACCAGUCCAAAGUCACAGACAGCAAGUGUGUCUAGUCUUAAUAGCAGUCCUAUGUCAGGCAGUGACUAUUUACCUAAUGGCGAAAGAAAUGUUGUGGUUAGUCCUGAAAGAACAUUGUUAUCCCAUAGAGAAGAUACAUCCAGUCCACAUGAUCAAUUAAACAGGCCAGAAAUUCAGGCAAAUAGUGACAGCGAUAGUCAAAAAGGAGUUGCCAGACCAUGGAAGCGUUCUCCUAAUUCUCUUCGUUCUUCCCAUAUAGAGACUAAUGGUGCUUCAGCAAUGUCAGUAAAAGAGCUUGAAGAUGCAAUGAAUAAACAUCUUCCCUCAGUGGGAACUACAAAUCAUACAAAUUUAAGUCAAGAGACACUAUCACAAAAAUCUCAGUCACACCCUCAACAAUCGCAGCGAUCCACAAUUCAGUGGAUAGGUGGAUCACAAACAACAUUACCAGCAUCUUCAUUUUUAAGACAAUUGUAUGUGAACAGAGAAUCUGUUAUUAGGUCAGGUACACACGUUAGUCGUUCUUCAUAUUAUGGAGAAGUACAAGGAACCCUUCCAACUCCACCCAGCAGUGGAGGAGAAUCAUAUACUGAACAAACUCCACAAUUUAUGAUACCUGCAAAAAUGGCAGCAGAAUCAUAUGGUGUGAUACCGGGUUAUUCCACUGCUCCCGUAACCAUGAGUAGUUAUAUGGACACCUACAGUGCCAUGACUCCUCCUGCUUCUGUGUCACCAAGAGAAAAAUUUCAUCCAGGUAUAUCUGAUACUACUUCUUUUACCGAAGCAGCAGCAGCUGCUGCUGCAGCAGCAAUUCCCCACAUGCAUCAUUAUGUGCCAGACACAUCAUUACAACAUCUACCCUUAAAACCACAGGUAUUUGUACAUCCAAGUACAAUUGAUUACAGUCAUUCUCAUGCUCAACAGGCAUUAAGUUCUGAACACCAACAACAAUUAUAUGCUCACCAUGCAAGCAGUUUUCAUCUAUAUCAUCCCUCAGCUAGCAGUAAACCACCUCAUCAUCCACCCAAUGGUGCCUCUUGGUAUGCUCAGCCAGAUUCUUAGGUAAUCUCAUUGUAGAUAUACCUUUCCUCUUACAUUAUCUGCAACUAUUUCAAAUCCUUUGUUGCUGAUGUUUAUUGUUAUUUUAUUGUCAACGGAAUUUGUAAUAUAGAUGUUCAGAUCUCCAAUAUGUAUGAACUUCUACAAAGAUUGAUUUGAAUCAGUAUUUGAUACUCUACAUUGAAGUAUCUGUAAUAAAUGAAGGCAAAGAUGAUAUGGAUGGAUAUUAUUUCACUGCAAUGCUUGAGCAUUCAAAAACUCAGCAUUUUCCUGUGAUCAACAGUACUGUACAUAGUUGUAAGUACAAGUGGUAGAGAGAUAGAACUAUACUAUGGCAGAAUGUUAUGACAGAUUUUUUUCAGUGCUCAGCACUAGAACUGAAACUACCAAAUCCUGUCACAGCUGUCAUAAAAUCACUUAUAACCCAUUCACUAAAUUCUGUCAUUAGCUACACAAAAAUAAUUUUCUUGAAGUUUUCCCAUAAUCUUGUCAUUCUAAAUAUUCUCCAUACUUUACUAUUGUCAGAUUUAAUCUGCUCUGUGUAUUUUUAUUUCAUGUUCAUAUGUUAGAGUAUGGAUUUAGAUUUUUUUUUCUUAAAUUUCCUUCCACUUUUUUGUCAAACAG